AUGACCUCUGUGGAAUCUGGCGCCAAGGUCCUCCGCAUGAAGGAGGGCGACGUGCAGAAGCUCGUUGCCAUGCACUGCCACCUCGGCACCAAGAACCGCAGCAACGCCAUGAAGAAGUACAUCCACAGCCGCACGAAGGAGGGCACGAACAUCAUUGACCUCCACAUGACGUGGGAGAAGCUGAUCCUCGCCGCCCGCGUCAUCGCCGCGGUGGAAAACCCGCAGGACGUCACUGUCUGCUCCACGCGUCUUUUUGGUCAGCGCGCCAUCUUCAAGUUCUCGCAGCUUGUCGGCACGUCGUUCCUGGCUGGCCGCUUCAUCCCCGGCAC